AUUACGCAUGCGUCGUGCCAGUCGCUCACGGCCGUCCGGUCAGGCCGCACGCGUCGUGUUUCGAAUACUCUCGAUUUAAAUAAAACAAUUCAAUAUAACACGAUAAAAGUCUUCGGUGGUUUUGUGAGAAAAGUGAAAAAAACAAACAUUCUGUGUUUGAACACUUGGGACACGCCAAGGUUAAGUGCUAGUGUUGCAAAAAGCGAAGGAUCUCGAGUGUUUUUACCGCGGAGAUCGUCACGGCUGUUGACUGUUUUUUAUCAUUGGUUUGCAUAAUUGUUUACCUAAUUAUAAUCAUUUAUUGACUGAAGCAUAGAUACCUUUAGUAGAACGACAUAAACGAUUUACAGACAGUUGAAGUAUUCAGUGAAAUCAAAUAAUUUUAUGUGUUUGUGUGAAUUAGUGACAAAACAGUACACAAUAGUGUUCGAUAGUGUAUACAAGUGUACAAAAAGUGUCGAGAGUGAUUCGGGCUAGGAUAUUUGGUCAAAGUGGCGAAGUCUGAGUCCCGGGUGGUGCUAGUGGGCGAAGGGGAGGAGGGGGAUGGGUGCUGCUGCCCUGGCAUGAGGAUCGGGGACCUGGGUGGUGCGUUGCUGGAAGCUGCCAAACUGACCAGGUUCUGGUUCUGCCAGAAGCCAGGAUACGGCUUCUCACAGAAGGUUGACGAGGAGGAGUCCGGUGGCGGCGUAACGCUGCACCCUCCGGACGGAUUCUACUCCCACCAGCACUCCAUACACAGCGGGCAUCAUGCGCACAACGCGGAGCCCGACCGGGGCUACAUGGAGGGCAAUAGAUACGUCACCGCUGUACACCGACCGUUGCAGGGUUUAAACCAUUCGAACUCGUCAUGCUCGUCGGCAUCGAACGCGUCGACCGGCGCCGGGCUGUGCGCGGCCGCCGCCGAGCCUGCACCGCCGCUUUACAUCGCCGCGCCGCCAGAGGGCUUCGGCCUCGCCGUGCACAACAACAGGCGUGGCACAGACGUUGGGAUCAUUGGAUCAACGGGGAUAACCCCAAAAGACCCGAGUUUACCCCCUAAAAGGGGUAAAUUGACUAGAGGUCGUUAUGAGAUGUCUCAAGACCUCCUGGAUAAGCAAGUAGAGAUCCUGGAGAGGAGGUACGGCGGUCUUCGUGCUAGACGCGCAGCGGUAACCAUACAGCGCGCGUUCCGUCGAAGACAACUGCUAAAGAAAUUUAGUGCUAUCACUGCAAUGGCCAAAGCUGCCGACUCUAAUGCAAGACGGCUACAAGACGGCAGUGAUCACGGACAACUUGUUAAUGGGAACGAUAUCUACGCAAAUACGUUGUUACAAAAGAGUCCAGCGGGCACGGAGAAAAUGAUGGCUAUGACGCGGCCCAUGCGCUCCAUGUCACUGCGGGAGCGACACGACGUCGAUAUCAACAACCACAUGGCGUGUGAGGCGCAAAACGAGGCGAUGGUGGAGGCGAUGGUUGCGCGCGUGCAGCACUCUGCUCACCAGAUACAUAUGAUCGUCAACGAGCUGCCGCCGCAUCACCGGAAUGACACCGAUAGCGGGGUGUGCAGCUGUUCUGUGAGCGGGUCAGUCACCAAUAUAUCUACAUCCUCGUCGCACAAUGAAUCUCUGCAUAACCAUCAGCUGCUCAAUAACUCUGGUCCUAUAUACGGCAACCUGCUGUCGUCAGGUGGCAAGCCGCUGUCGUCCCCCAGCGCGCGCCAGCAGCAGCAGCUGGCGGCGCUGCAGGCCGCCGCGCGACGGCUGCCGCCAGAGGUUCCCAAGAGGACCAGCAGUAUUACACUUAAUGCGGAGAGCCCGGUGUCGCUGCGGCGCGCGGAGUGCGGCGCGGUGGCGCGCGGCGGCUCCAUGUCCUCCGUGCAGUCCUCCUCCUCCUCCUCCUCGCAGGAGCACCGCCACCACUACCACCAGCCCUACCAGCCUAGAGCACCGGAAGUCCACAUGGCGGAGGGCCAGUUCCACCAGCGUACAGCGUCAGGCUCGCUGUACGAGGGCGAGCGCUACGCGGUGUGGAAGCGGCAGGACGCGCCGCCCUACUACGAGGCGCCGCCCGCCGCCUGCUGCCGCCCCGCGCACGAACACGUCGCGCACCAGCACCAGCUGCCGCACCAGCAUCAGCACCAGCCCGUCAAGGUCACCGCGGUAUCGGAGACGGUCCGCAAACGUCAGUACCGCGUGGGUCUGAACCUGUUCAAUAAGAAGCCAGAGCGAGGCAUAGCGUACCUGAUUUCGCGUGGCUUUCUGGAGAACUCCCCACGAGGAGUGGCGCGCUUCCUCAUCACCAGGAAGGGUCUCAGCAAGCAGAUGAUCGGAGAGUACCUUGGAAACCUGCAGAACCCCUUCAAUAUGGCCGUGCUAGAAUGUUUCGUGAACGAGCUGGAUCUGUCCGGUAUGGCGGUGGACGUGGCGCUGCGCCGCUACCAGGCGCACUUCCGGCUGCCGGGCGAGGCGCAGAAGAUAGAGCGGCUGGUAGAGGCCUUCGCGCGCCGCUACUGCGUCUGCAAUACAGAUUUUGUGCAGCGUCUGCGCACACAAGACACAAUAUUCGUGCUGGCGUUCGCUAUAAUAAUGCUGAACACGGACCUGCACACGCCGAACCUGAAGCCGGAGGCGCGCAUGUCGCUGGAGGACUUCGUGCGCAACCUGCGCGGCAUCGACGACUGCGGCGACAUCGACCGCGACAUGCUCGCCGGCAUCUACGACCGCGUCAAGGCCAGCGAAUUCCGCCCCGGCAGCGACCACGUCACACAGGUGAUGAAGGUGCAGGCGACGAUAGUGGGCAAGAAGCCGCACCUGGCGCUGCCGCACCGCCGCCUCGUCUGCUACUGCCGCCUCUACGAGAUACCUGACAUACACAAGAAGGAGCGCCCCGGAGUGCACCAGCGGGAGGUGUUCCUGUUCAACGACUUGCUGGUCAUCACGAAGAUCUUCAGCAAGAAGAAGUCCUCGGUGACGUACAGCUUCCGCCAGUCUUUCCCCCUCUGCGGCAUGCUCGUUAAUCUCUUCUCAGUGCCACACUACCCUUUCGGUAUCCGUCUAUCGCGGCGCGUGGACGGGCGGCGGCUGGCGACGUUCAACGCGCGCAACGAGCACGACCGCUGCAAGUUCGCGGAGGACCUGCGCGAGAGCGUCGCAGAGAUGGACGAGAUGGAGGCCAUGCGCAUUGAGGGCGAACUCAACCGCGGCAAGGGGCGGCCCAACGCUAACAACAGGAACGUGAUGGAGAAUCGUGACAGCGGUGUGGCGGACGUAGAGAUUGACCACCAGCAGUGUAUGGACCACGUGCAUGUGCAUGGCGUGUCGGUGCCGCCGCCGCCCGCGGGCCCCGCACCCGCCGCGCCCUCGCGCCUGCCGCAGAACCCGCCGCCCACCAACAUAAUCAAGAGGAACGUACUCAGCAACUCUCUAGUCGAUAUCAAUGAUCCAGUGGCGCUAGCUGCGGAGCGAUUGCAGCGGCGCGGGUCGGUAGGCUCGCUGGACAGUGGCAUGUCAGUGUCUUUCCAGCAAGGCAGCCGCACCGCGCUGCAUGCCACCUCGCCACGACAUCCCAACGAACAGCGCUCGCCAGGUCGUCUCUUCGGCGGCAUAUUCCCCGCGAGACAACGCAAGCUGAGCGCCAGCGGAGUGCCCGACAAGGGCCAGGUCGGCAAGAGCACCGAGGUCUAGAGCACACGGAAUAUUCCACAAACUCCAAGUCGAAGUAUUCCACAAUCUCGAAAUCGGAAUAUUCCAGAAUCUCGAAAUAUUCCGCAACCUUCGAUGUCUUCAGCGAGAUGUUUUUCUUAAGUGCCAUCUUUAAUCAAUCGAGUUUUAAGUAUAUUUUUUGCUGACGCUACUGCUUGUUUAAAGUUUGAACCUUGUUUCAAUGGAAUAAAGUACAUUUUGUACUAACGAGUAACUCCGAAAGGUAAUCACAAGUUAUUUAUAAUUGCAAAGUUAUUUACAAUUACAAAAUAAGCGAAUAGUUUCUUGAGAAAUUUUCGAAAUAUGAUUUCGCAUCACAAUUUUCAUAUAAAUGAAAUUUGUGAG